AACAAAAAACAAAAAGACAAACAGGCAUGAAGCUGGAGGUGAAGAUUGAGCUCCUGAAGUUUUGCUCAGAUGUGUUCAACUGUAUCUUCCUGGCUCUGGGGUUGAGUUUGGUGGGAUGUGCUGUGUGGAUCCUGUUCGACAGUGGAAACUUCCUCAACAUCCUCUCGUCUGAUGAGCUGAAAACAGUGGGGGUGGGGCUGCUCAUGAUUGGCGGUGUGGUGAUGGCGGUCAGCAUCGUGGGGUGUUUAGGGGCUCACAGUGAAAACAGAUUUCUGCUGUUAGUGUACAUGAUCUUCAUCAUCGUCCUCACCCUCGGGCAGCUCUUCAUCACGUUGCUGCUGCUCAUAAGUAGUGUCAAGAUUGCAGAGGCUUUGGAAAAUGUCGUGAAUCAGAUCAUCCGAGAAUAUCCGGAUGCAGAGAACGGUCAAGACAAAUUAUUGGACAACGUGCAACACUAUGCGCAGUGCUGUGGCCUGACAGGCCCUUCUGAUUGGCUGCAAAACUCUUUCAUCAACUCCACACAAAAUCUGACAUCUGACGUUCUUCCGUGCUCGUGUUUUGACUCAUAUCAUAGUGGUAACUCAUCCUGGUGCUCAGGGCUGAUGAACAUCACUGACCUGUCGGUUGGACAUGGAAACAACUCAUACACAGUGGGCUGUAAAACAAAGCUCGGUGAUUGGCUGACGAAGAACGGUCUGACCAUCAUUGGCAUGGACAUCAGCCUCAUAUUUGUCCAGGUGGUUCAGUUUACCGUUGCUGUGUACCUGUACCAAGCCUUCAGCAAAAAAGCCUCUUUAAAAAGAACCUCCCCACAGUCUGACCACAAUGAAAACCUGGACUACGGGGAAGACAACUACGCCUACACAGACUCAGAGCAGCCAGCACCAUACCAAGACGACCCUAAUUAUGUAGACCCAAAUCACUAUCAUAACUAG